AUUUGUUUCAAGCGUCCGGUGGCCGAGCAGCGCUAGUUCAGUGCCGCUGCCGCGGGGAGGGGGCGAGGCCCGGCUCCGUGCCCCGGUACCUGCAGCCUCAGCCGCUGGGUGAGCCGAGGGAAGCUGGGCCCACUGGAGGAGGAGAACGACCGGAGGGGCAUCCCCAGGGCCGCAACGCCGUCCUGGGACUUGAAGUUCCGCACCGGCCUACAAAUCCCAGCAGCGCGGGCGGGGGGAGGUAUCCUGGGGGAGCUCCGCCUUUUCCUGCUCCUCCAUCUCCUCCCCGCAGCCUCGGAGCUUUCCAGCAGCUCCUCUCGACUUCCAUGAUGGAUGAGGCCUCCGACGAGCCUCCCACUUCUGCUGUCCUCUUAGACAACUGCCACUUCUCCCAGGUCGUCUUUAACAAUGUGGAGAAAUUUUAUGUUCCUGGAGGAGACAUAACCUGUUAUUAUACCCUCACACAGAACAUAGUUCCUCGCGGGAAGGACUGGGUGGGCAUCUUCAGGGUGGGAUGGAAAACAACACGGGAAUAUUACACAUUCAUGUGGGCUCCUCUGCCCGGUGAUAGCCACAGCGAUACUGCUGUGCAGCAACAGAUCCAGUUCAAAGCUUACUACCUACCGAAAGAUGAUGAAUACUACCAGUUCUGCUAUGUCGACCAGGAUGGUGUGGUCCGGGGAGCUAGUGUGCCUUUCCAGUUCAGAGCAGAGACCGAGGAUGACAUCCUGGUGGUUACCACACAGGGAGAAGUGGAAGAGAUUGAACUACAAAACAAAAAUUUGCUUAAAGAAAAUAAGGAGCUGAAAGCAAGCCAUGCUGGUCUCCAAAAACAAAACAUGGAUCUGCAGGAAGAACUCAAGAAGACACAGGAGCUGCAGAACAGUUUAGAGUCUCUAAGGAGCAACACGGAGAAACUGGAGCUGGAGCUGAAUUCCCUGAAAAAUGAAAAUAAACAUCUAAAGGAGCUGGAUGACUGCAGGGAGGCAGAACUGCACCAACUCAAAGAGCAAAUUCGGAGUGUGACCUCUGACAAGGAACACCUGGAAACCAGACUGAAAACAGCCCUGGAUCACCUGGAUCAGCUGCAGUCUCGGGUGUUGAAUUAUGAGAGAGAAGUGGAAAACCUGUCUCAAAUGGACAAUGACAAGACAAAGCAGCUUGAAAGCUUAAAGGAGGAGAAUCGCCAGUUACAAAAGACUAGAACUCAACAGCAACAAAACCUCGACUUAAUGAAGGAACUUGAGGAGCAGAAGCACUUGUUUCAGAUUUUGCAGGCAAAAAAGAAUAAAUCUGAUGAGCAAAAUCAGAAACUAAGGGAAGAGAAUGACAGACUCCUGAGACAUCUCUCGCAGGCUAGAAAGGUUUCUUCACAAGCUCAAGCUCCAAUUCCAGCUCCUGAAGUAGAAGGCCUUCUGUUUGGAAAUCCAUAUUGUGCUGCAGGAGCAAACCUGGGGGCAAGAGCUGCAGACAUAGCUUCUUUAAGGAAAUGCCCCAUGUGCAAUGAAGUAUUUCCUGAAGAUGUUGAAACAAGCCAGUAUGAGGCCCAUGUGCAGAGCCAUCUUCUGGAGUGCCCACUCUGCAGUGAGACCUUUGAUAAGUCCAAUAAGCAGGUGUUUGAUGACCAUAUGUUUUGUCAUGGCCUGGAAUAAUUCUGCAUUUUUAUCUGCUCUGUAGAAUAGUUGGCAGAGGCCACAGUAUAUAAUAGACCAAAAGCACUGUAUUGGCUUAAUUCAUGCUAAGAUCACCCAGACAAGACUGACUAUGCCACUAGUACUAUAAUUCUGAGCUUUCUGUUCCAUGCAGCAUAUGACUAACACGUAAAUCAGGUCAGCCAUCCACAUCCUGAAACUGAAUCACCAUCAUCAAACUUAAGUUCUCUGUCUUGGAUCCAAGUACAUAUGCUUGUUAAAUGAGUUACAAACCCUGUAAUUAGUAAUUUAGUCAAAUGCAGUACCAGUUCUGUAGAACAGGAUUGGCCAUGUAACUGUUCAUUCAGGUAGGAAUCCAAGUGAUGGGGUGUAGUGUAGCAGUUUUCUGUACUUGGCUGAUACCUCUCUAUUUUAAUGGAUUUAUUCUUUAAUAUAUCACUGUGAUUGCUAACCAAAGACCAGAAACAUUGUGUAAUCAUAUUUGCAGUCCUGAUUAACUUUUGGAAUGCAGAAUUAAUUAUUAAGUUUAAAAAGUCUAAAUAAAAAUACAUUUCUUUUUUUACCAUCAGUUGUAAAACAAGUGAAAGAUAGAUAUUUAUAAAGAAACCAAAUAUCUGUUUGCAGAUCUGAAGGUCUAGGGCCCUCCUUCCAGCGACGUAGGCAGCACAGCUUAUCCUAGGGUGAGGCACCUUCACUGUUUUCUUCAUCCAUCUCAGGAUGAGGAAAACCUGAGAUUUCUGAAACAGGGAAGGUCGUUAUAGUAUAGGGCCCACAGGAAGGCAGUAGCUGAGUUGUCUUGGCAGCACAGAGGAUAAAUAGCCUCUCAGUCAGAAACUGGGCAUCCUCAUUUAAAGGAAAUUAUGAAUUUAGAUUAUUUCUCUUUUAUGUUCCUAAGCCUUCUUGAUUUAACAAGAAGAGACUGUUCUCAAACUAAAACAUUGUGAUUCUAAACUAGGUGCCUUGGGAUAUUACAAUGCUUUGUGCACAGAUUAUCCAGUUACUAUUUUUAUUUCUGCAUUGGGAUUUUCAAUUUAUGGUAGCAGCUCUUUUUUUUCCAUGCAAACACAAAUGGAGGAAGAUUUAUUAUCCAGCUGUAUUAGUUUGUGUUUCCUGCUGAAUAUCUGAAGCAAUGGCAAAUUCUAAGAAGUUUACACAGAGUUUUAAGAAUAUUUAGAGUAACAAAGAUUUUAAAAUAUUUUACUGUUUUGAUUCUACACAAGCUUUUUAUCAAUCUAGGUCUAAAUAAAGUAUUUCUGUCUUGAGAUGUACCAUACUGGUAAGCAUUAUUUAAAAAACCUGUAAAAGAAAGUAAGAGCAAACAAAAAUAAAAGCUGUAUGGAUAAAGUCUUUGAAAAAGAUGUGUAUGUCUGUUCAUUCUUAAUAAAGUGAAAGAAUUGAUGGGGUCUUGAA